AUGGAUGAUAAAUACAUGUCCAAACUGUCACCUACUGUUGAUUUCUGGGCAGGGAUCUACUUGUUCAUUAUUGCCAUCCUGUCCAUCUUGGGGAAUGCAGCAGUCCUGGUCAAUGCAGCCCGUCGAAUCACCCUGCUCAAAGCUCCAGAGCUGCUGACGGUGAACUUGGCCAUAACUGACAUUGGCAUGGCCCUCAGCAUGUAUCCUCUGUCCAUUUCCUCCGCUUUUAACCAUGCCUGGAUUGGAGGUGACACCUCUUGCCUCUACUAUGGCUUGAUGGGCAUGAUCUUCAGCAUAACCAGCAUCAUGACUCUGGCUGUGAUGGGAAUGGUCAGGUACCUGGUAACAGGAAGUCCACCAAGGACAGGUUUCAAGUUCCAGAGGAGAACCAUCAGUAUUGUGAUCAGUGGGAUCUGGCUGUAUGCUGGCCUGUGGGCAUUGUUUCCUUUGCUAGGAUGGGGAAGCUACGGGCCGGAACCUUUCGGACUUUCCUGCUCAAUAGACUGGACCGGUUACGGGGAGUCUCUAAACCACGCCACCUUCAUCAUGUCCCUGUCUGUACUCUGCACAUUCCUCCCCUGUCUGACAAUUGUCUUCGCCUAUUUUGGAAUUGCCUGGAAGCUGCACAAGGCUUACCAAUCCAUCCAGAGCAAUGAUUUUCAAUAUGGCAACAUCGAGAAGAAAAUCACUCUUAUGGCUGUGAUGAUCAGUUCAGGUUUCCUCAUUGCAUGGACCCCCUACGUGAUUGUCAGCUUCUGGAGCAUGUUUCACUCCCUGGAGCAGGACCACAUGGCUCCCGUCAUAACACUGUUACCCUGCCUCUUUGCGAAGAGCUCCACUGUAUACAACCCUUUAAUAUAUUUCGUCUUCCAACGUACCUCCAGCCACAAGCUCCUCCGCCUGCAGAGACUGGUGUUUUGUUGUUCUCAUCAAGCCAGUUCAUCUGCUGAAAGAGCAGAGCUGGAGAGCAAAAUAGUCAAAGGCUCAGACGGUUCAGACAAAGCAUGUGUGGGUCUAAUGGGAGCUCCUGGAAGACACCCUGGCAGUGAGGUGACGACUGUGAGCUGA